CGUCCUCCGGCGUCUUGGAGUGACACCACCGCCACCGGCGCUUGCGUGGACGCAGGCCAUAUGCUCAGGGCCCGUUCCACACCUCUGUCUCUCUCUCUCUCUCUCUCUCUCUCACAAACACAGACAAAGCAGGUAUUGAUACCAAUAGGAGGAUGAGACGUGUCGAGCACAACCAUCCGCCUUUUGCUGACUUCUCUCGCCCUUUUCCGCCACCUCCUUCCCUCCUAUCAGCUAGGACAGCGAGGUUGUGCCAAGACGCGAUGCCAUCCUCCCUAUGUUUCGGAGUUCCAGCCCGUGUUCUGCACCCUCCCUUCCCUCUUUAGCCAGAGAUAAAGCUAACAACGCAACUCGUCCUUACGCCCUCCAUAACCACCUCUUCCUCUUCUUCUCCUCCUCGCCCUCUUCUUCUCCGGCUCGCCUUCUUCUUCUUUUUGCCUGUUCUCUCAUCAAGUUCGAAUCUUUCUGAGAGAAAGGCAAAGAGAAGUAGGGGAGAGAUGCUGCAGAGGGCUGAGAGCAACCGGUACUCGUGGUGGUGGGCGAGCCACAUAAAGACGAAGCAGUCGAAAUGGCUCGACAGCAACCUCCGAGAAAUGGAGGAUACGGUGAAACAAAUGCUUAAGCUUGUCGAAACGGAUGCCGAUUCCUUUGCUAAAAGAGCAGAGUUGUACUUCAAAAGAAGACCAGAGUUGAUAACCCAUGUGGAAGAUGCUUACAGAGCAUACAGAGCAUUGGCUGAAAGAUAUGACCGUAUAUCUGGAGAAUUACACAAGGCCAACCACACCAUAGCAACUGCUUUUCCUGAACAGGUCCAGUAUGCGAUGCUAGAGGAGGAGGAGGACAAAGCGAUCACCCCGAUUGAUCCAAGUAGAAUUAACAAGAGAACAGUGGAAGGAUUAAUGAAGAAAAGAAGUGACCGUGAGUCCUCCAUAAGGAAGACACAGAAUAAGAGGCCUACAUCUCCGAUUGAUAAAGAAAAGGCACAGGAAGAGAUAAAUAAGCUUCAGAAAGUAAUACUUGUUCUUCAGACUGAAAAAGAGUUUAUCAGAAGCUCUUAUGAGAAUGGGAUAGCCAAGUAUUGGGAGGUUGAGAAGCAAAUCAUGGAUAUUCUAGAAGAAAUUUGUUGCAUGCAAGAUGAGUUUGAUACAAGUGCGGUCAUUGAAGAUGAAGAGGUGCAUGCCUUAACAACAGCAACAACCCUUAAAUCUUGUGUGGAAGCCAUUAUUAGAUUGCAGAAGCAGAGAAUGGAAUCAUUGGGACAAGCAAAACUAGAUUCUGAAAGAAUUAAGGUUGCAAAACAAAAGCUGAAGGCUCUCAAAAGUGAGUGUCACCAAUCUGAGAUGGAAAAUGCAAAGGUGUCUAGUGAAAGCACAGAGAUGAGCUUCCCUGUCGAAAACAUGGAUGAAGAAUUUGAUUCUCUAAACAAGGCAAGGGUCCAAUUAGAGUCCAUUUACGAGAAAGUUAAGGAACAUUUUGAAAUGAAUCCUGAAAGUUCAGUGGAACUGGAAGAAAAGAUUAAUGAGCUUGUAAAUAAAGUUACCACAUUGGAACUCACGGUUUCAUCUCAGGCUGUACAAAUAAAUCGAUUGACUUCAGAAAGUGACGAACUUGAGAAAAACCUACAGGAUCUGGAAGAUGAGAGAAUGAUUCUGAUCAGUGACCCAAAUUUGUUGACUGAAAGGCUAAAGGAAGCUGAAGAGGAGUUAAGCAGAGGUCAGGCAAUUAAGAAAAUUAUCCAGGAUGAAGAAAUAAAUUUCCGUGAAAUCUUUACCGAUGCUUCUCACAGCCUCAAUGGUAUUUCAGAGAAGAUGCAACUUCCUAAACCUCUGGAAAAUGCUUGUAAUGAGGAUGCAUUCCCUGUGGAAGAGGCUGCCAAUUGUAGCACUGAACCAGUUGCAGAGCUUGGGGAUAACGAGGAAACUGAAAUCCAUGACAUCGAGGAAGAUUUGAUAGAGGAGAUUCAUGCAACACAGCAACUUGGUCAUUUCCUGCAAGAUUUUUUCCAGGCUGAGGCAGAUUAUCUACUCAAAAGUGAUCCAGAAAUGAUCGAGGACCUAACAGAGAUAGGGGAACUGAAGAAUGUCAUUGCAAUGAAAGAUGAAGAAAUAAGAUUACUGAGACAACAGUUAGCCAAUGUAAAAAUGAGUUCUAACAGUACUCAGCAUUGUCAGCAGACCCAUGCAGGCACAUUUAGCUCUGCGAUGGUGAGGGGAGAUCCGAAAUCUCAUAAUUUACAGAUGCCUGGAGAUCUGACUAUUGAAUGCACUAAUGAAGGAGACUUGUCUGUUGAGUUCACUGAUUUACAAUUUCCUGUUGCAGAAGGCAGCGAUGUAGAGUGCAUCACUGAGCCAAAGAGCAUUUCAUCUACUGAAGAAAAGCUUAGGAGGGAUAUCAACACCUUUAUUGAUGAAAACCUAGAGUUCUGGCUAAGGUUCAGCACAUCAUUCCAUCACAUACAGGAGUUCAAGGUCAAAUAUGCAGACCUACAAGCUGAUAUCGGUAAGCUGAAGGUCAACAAAACACAAGAGCACAAUGAUACUGCCUCUGGUGAUCGGACUGGAAAACCUGAAUCAGCACCAAUUGGAACAAGACUCUGUGAAUUGAAGACUGAACUCCAGGUGUGGAUGGAACAUAGUGCACCAUUAAUAAGGGAGCUCCAAAGUAGGUUCUCAUUUCUUCAUGAUAUGCAAAAGGAGAUAUCAAGUGUUGUAAACACAUAUUCAGCCACUGGAGAGGCUCUGUUCACUCCUUGUGAAGCUGCAAGGUUACAAGGUGAGGUGAUGAACAUGAAGCAGGAGAACAAUAAGGCUGCAAGGGAACUGCAGAUGGGACUAGAUCAAGUCAGGUGGCUUCAAGCUGAAAUCGAGGAGCAGAUGGCUAAGCUAAACGACUACUUUGAAGCAUUUGUAUUGAAGAACAGCCAUGACGAUUUCUUGAAACGUUCUCCAAGCAGGUCGGGAGUACCAUUGGAGGUCUUCCUUUAUGGUUCCAAGCCCAAAAGGCCAUCUAUAUUUGCCCGCAUGCAUCCAGUGUUCAAAAAAAAGCACAGCAAGCUCAGGUCUGGGCAUCGGUGAGCUGAUGAAAGGUUCUUGAAACUCUUAAAUAACUUCAAAUGCUGGCUACUUGCUACUGUAUAAGCCUGUGAAAUUAUUUUAAACAGUUCUAAAUAGAUCAGCCUAUUUCUAGUUGGAUCCCAGGUUGGUUACCUUCAAUGAGUUGCAGCUGUAUCAUGUUCCCUUGGUGUGAUAGCUAGCAGCAGCUUUUCUUGGCUUUCUUCCAUCUAUGGGCCUUGGAGCCAGCUUAACCUUCCUUCUUGGUUAAAGGUGUACCGAGGUCGGGUUUUUAGCCAUUGUUAAUCUAGAUGAUGAUGAUUGCUUGAAAGAGAUGACCUCAUCUUCAUUCUUUCUUUUUCAAACUUCUGGAUUUUCUUUCCCUUGUGCAUGCAAUGGUAGCUGGUCAGAGAUUAUUUCUUUC